GUGCCGGACAGAUUCCGCUGACAUUGCUGAGGGGGAGGAGGUGGAGGAGCACCGCUGUUACCUAAGCCGAACAUUUAUUGCGAAGUGUCGGGGCCGCAGAGCGGAGGCAGCCUGCUCCUCGUCUCUGAGUUCCGGACCAGCGCGGAGUCAUGUACCGGCGGCCGCUGCUGUCCGCCGCCGCCGUCAGGAGGCUCGUCAGCGGGGCCGCGUACCCGCGACAGCUGAUCCAUCGUGACGUCUGUCUGACCAGAGCUUUAGUCGCCUGCCAGCAGGCCAGAUUCUCCUCACAGCACUCACCUCCAUGUCGAUCGUACCAUAUCAGCACACAGUUCCGUAAUGUGAAGGAUUCUUCUCAGCACACUGAGGAAGAGGUUGGGGCCUUCACAAAGCUCAUCGAGGCCAUGGGCUUCACAGGUCCACUCAAGUACAACAAAUGGAAAAUCAAGAUCGCUGGUUUGCGCAUGUACACGUGCUGUGUCGAGAGAAUCAACUACAACGACUUCUUUGAGAAAUGCGCCCUCCCCGACACGCUCCACUCCUGGUUCCUGAUCGCACAUUUGCAUGUUUGGAUGUGUCUGGUGCGGAUGCGUCAGGAAGGCAGAGCGGGGAAGUACAUGUGUCACUACAUCGUACACUCGAUGUGGGAGGACGUGGAGCAGAGGAUCAAAAUCAUGGGGAUCAGUGCUGUCCAUAGAAAGGAAGCCUUGAAAUCCAUGACUGAGACUUUCUAUGGUGCCAUGUUUGGAUAUGAUGAGGGAGUCCUGUGUGAUGACACUGUUCUGGCUGCCGCUCUGUGGAGGAACCUUUUCAGUCAUCAGUGUGAAGACCCUCGACACCUGGAGCUCAUGGUGGAGUACGUCCGCAAACAGAUGCAGUUCAUUGACGCUCUGGACGGCGAGGACCUGCUGCUGACUGGGGAGGUGAAGUGGCGCCCUCUGGUGGAAGAGAACGCACAGAGCAUCAUGAAGGCUGUCAAACCCACAUACAAUGACACAGGACUGUGAGACAAAGACACACACACACACGUGUGACGCGGUCGCCUGUUUUUCUUCUUUCUCUCCUCCUCCUCUUUCUUCUGUGGGCGGAGCUUCUUGUUUUUCCACGAGUGUAAACUGGACAUAGACAUUUUCAUGAUCGUCUUCCAUCGUCAGUUUUCAGAGCCUGUGUUAAUAUUUUCCUCCUGUCUUUAUUGUAUUUAUGACUUUAUUCCACAAACCUGAAAAAACAUGAGAAACGCGUCAGAUCUUUAGAGUUUGUCCAAAGAUUCCACUCCUCCCACUUCUCUCGUUCUUCGCCAGGAACUCAAACCCGAACAGGAAGUUUAAAAGUCACCAACACACUGUUCUGUUGUUGUUUUUAAAAAGUUAAUAAAGUGUUAAGAAAAA